GGGGAAAGGAAGAAGAAUAGUUAGUUAUAGAACUAGGAAAAGCCAUCUUAUCGAGACUUCAUCCUCCCGUGACUCACGCCGCAUACAGCUCCUGCUUUUUCUUCCUUCGCCUUUUUCUUUUUCUUUUCUUUGACUUCCUCUAUCCAGAAUUCCAUCUCCUACUUCCAUCAUGGCUUCUGCGCAGACUUCCGCCACCAAUGGCACCAACGACUUCACCGUCAAGGCUGGCCUUGCCCAGAUGUUGAAGGGAGGCGUGAUCAUGGAUGUGGUCAACGCAGAGCAGGCCCGCAUCGCUGAGGAGGCUGGUGCUGCCGCCGUCAUGGCUCUCGAGAGAGUCCCCGCCGAUAUCAGAGCCCAGGGAGGCGUGGCCCGUAUGUCGGACCCCUCGAUGAUCAAGGAGAUCAUGGCCGCCGUCACCAUCCCCGUCAUGGCCAAGGCUCGUAUCGGACACUUCGUUGAGUGCCAGAUCCUUGAGGCCAUUGGUGUCGACUACAUCGACGAGUCGGAAGUCCUCACGCCUGCUGAUAACCUCUACCACGUCACCAAGUCCACCUUCAAGGUUCCCUUCGUCUGCGGUUGCCGCAACCUGGGUGAGGCCCUCCGCCGUAUCUCUGAGGGUGCUGCCAUGAUCCGCACCAAGGGUGAGGCCGGUACUGGUGAUGUCGUCGAGGCUGUCAAGCACAUCCGCCAGGUCAACGCGGACAUUGCCCGCGCCCGCGCCAUCCUCACCUCCUCUGCCGACCCCGAGCCCGAGCUGCGCGCCUAUGCCCGCGAGCUGGGAGUCUCCUACGAGCUUCUCCGCGAGACCGCUGAGCGUGGCCGUCUGCCCGUCGUCAACUUUGCCGCCGGUGGUGUUGCCACUCCCGCAGAUGCCGCUCUCAUGAUGCAGCUGGGCUGCGACGGUGUCUUUGUCGGCUCCGGUAUCUUCAAGUCUGGUGACGCGAAGAAGCGCGCCAAGGCCAUCGUCCAGGCCGUGACUCACUACAAGGACCCCAAGGUGCUGGCCAGUGUCAGCGAGGGUCUGGGUGAGGCCAUGGUGGGCAUUAACGUCUCCCAGAUGAGCGAGGCUGACAAGCUUGCCAAGCGUGGCUGGUAGAGUCAUCCAUCAAUCUAUUGAUGCUAUCCUUUUUUUCCCUACAUCUCAUCUUAUCCUCCUCCUUCAACCCUAGCCUAGGCUCUCUUCAUUACCCUCAUCCUCUUAGACGAUCGCCGCUACUACCACGGUUCAUUCUCCUACGGCCCGCUGUCUGUUCACCCAUAUAGCAUAUCUCUCUUUCUCUUUUCCUGUUCGGGUUCUGGUUCCCAAAAAGCACGAGGACUGUUUAUAUGAUUCAUAGCACGGCAGGAAGAGCUGUUUGGCUGUACAUAUAUAGACAUUACCUAGCUGAGACGCUAGGGCAGGUUACAGUUAAAUCACUACUAACUAGCAUUUUCAAAACAAUAAAAAAUAUAAAAAGAAGCCAAUA